AUGCCUUCCAUCAAGUCUUUGCUUGUUGUGUCUCUUUUCACAACUGCCCUUGCAGCACCACUCAGCGCUUACCUUGACGGCCUGAACAGCACCAAUGUUACUGCUAUCAGUCGUCAUCAGCCCCACUCUGAGGAGCUCAAAGAGUUUGCAGACCUCAACUCUCGCGAACUGGAAUCUGCACUUCAGCAAAGCAACGAUGACUCGGAAUAUGACAAGGUCAUGACACGUAAUAUUCGUGCCGAGUAUCUUGGAGAGUCGGAAGAAAGCGAAUUAUCUCGUCGCGACGACUACGGAGGGAUUGAGGGGCGUAGUGUUCUCUCUACCCGUGGCAACAACAAGAAGCCAUCUACUUCGUCGUCUUCCUCUACCUCUUCUCUAAAGAAGGAGAAGGCAAAUAAGAAGGCCGAUUUAGACACCACUCGCAAGUUACAGGCCCAGCAACACCAAGAUGCCCGGUUAAAGGAGAAUAAGGAACGCAAGGAGAUCAUUGAUGCUCGGCUCGAUGAGAAGAAUGCCAAGACUAGUAAGGAAAGGGCUCAAGCUAAUGCUGAGAAGAAAUUCGAGAUCAACGAGCUGAAAGAGGUGAAGCUCGAUAACGCCAGGGAUAAGGCCAGGCUUCAGGCAAAGAAGGAUCAGCAAAACCAGGAUCUGGCCAAAAUCAACGAGAAGCUAAGACAGAACGGCGGUCGCAAAGUCGUCGACGUUCCAGACACUCGCCCAGUUUACGAUUACUCCAAAAAGCCUGAGUACAACUACAAGGCAAACAACCCCAAUACUUAUUACGAUUACUCUAAAAAGCCUGAGUAUAACUCUAAGGCAUACAACGACAAAUCAUACGAUUACUCCAAAAAGCCCGAAUACAACUAUAAGGCAACCAAUGCCAACCCUUAUUAUGACUCUUCGAAGGAUUACGAAAAGCAAAAGCAAAAGACCGAAGCAACUAUUCGGGAGGAGCAAAAACAGCGAGCCUACGAAGAAAAUGGGAUUCGAGCCGCGCAGAAUGACAAGAAAAACACUGAUGUACUGCUUCGUGAACAAGAACAAGCUCGAAAGUUUGAGGAAGCACGAAUCCGGGACGCUCAGAAUGACAAGCUGAAAUUUAAGGCUUCGCCAUUCGAGCAAGUCACAGGGGAUGAACGAAUUCGCAAGGCCCAGGAUGAGAAAGUAUACACUGAAAAACUGCUUCGUGAGCAAGAACAAGCCCGAAAGCUUGAGGACAAGCGAAUUCAAGAAGGUUAUUAUGAGAGGCAGAAGACAGAGGGCCUUCUUCGCGAAAAUUUCCAAAUAAAGAAUCAAGAAGACGCCAACAUCCGUGCUGCGCGACAGGCAGAGUACGAGCGUGAGAGGCAGCGGGAGUUGGAGAGGGAGAGAUACAAGUAUGGGCCUAAGGCAUAG